GGAUGGUUGAGCAUUCAUAGCGCGAGGCAUCGUCGACAUACGUGUGAGCGGCACUGCCGCUAUUCGACAAAGUCCGCAUCGACAGCAUCAGGCUCCGAGUCGACCGUCUAUACGUUCGUGGACUCACUUUUUCCUGACCUGCCCUCACAGUGCUCCUACGAUCGCCCCCCCCACAUCUCCAUCCGCGUGCAGCCUGCAGCCGUCUAGGACUACGCUUGGCAUGACCGCGCCGCUUGCCCUCCGUCACUGCGUGGCGGUAGCCUUGCGGACGAUUUUGCCGGUGGGAUCAUGAGGACAAGCUCAUUGAUGUUGCUGUUGGCCCGGGCAGCAGUGGCAGUUAAGGCCCACACCGGACAGACGGCCCCAGCGGUGUGUGCCCGCCGCACAGGCGGCGCCGACUGGCGGGACGUGCAGCCGACUUGUGGCGAGGCGCAGUUUACCGAGUGCAGCUCCGCGCAGAUUCUCGCGGCCGGCGUCCAGUGCCCAAGACGUUGUCCUUUCCUCGUGGUGCCGGAGGCUGUGGCCUGCGCCUACUACUGCGUCGCCGCAGAAGCGUGCACGACCGUCAACCCUGCGCUCCGCUUCCCCAACAACCGCACCGGCAAGUGCGAGGCCUGCGGCGUCACGGGCUGCAGCCGCUGCGCCAGCAGCACGGCUUGCGCGGAGUGUUACAGCGCCUUCCAGUGGGACGAGAUUGGCGAAGGCUGCGUGUACACCAUGGACCUUUGGAUCAAGGGACCCGUCGUCGUGCUGUGUUUGCUUGUGCUUCUGCUGGCGGUCGUGGUGCCAGUUUGCUUGUGGCGCGGUCGCAAGAACAGGCAGCGGCAUUUCUCGAUCAAGGAUCCAGAUCAGAAGGGUGCAGAUCGGACGUCGGACAGAAGGAUCCAGAUCAGAGGUGUGCAGAUCGGACGUCGUGGAAGGAGGUCCCAGUUCCACACGACGAUCUUGCAGUUGGCCAGGAAGCAUCAUCAUUGGUGCAAGGUUCGAGAUUGGUACCAUCAGCAUGGAGCACAUAGUGAUCGUUUGGCUUCGUGUGCGGGAUCUGGAACCGAUCUGAUGUUGGAGCCUUGGCCACGACACGUCAGUUUUCUCAGAAAUCUCCACAACACCUACCUUCUGGGCUUGGGCAUGCCUUUGUAUUACAACUUUCUUGUGUUUAUGGCAUCAUUGUUUAUCUUGCUUCUGGUACUGCACACCUUCAUGUCGUGGCUUUGGCUGGACAGCCCCGUGUUUUCAAGGCUGGACUCAUGGCGCAGCAAUGAGGCAGAGCUUGAAUCGUGCAGCGCGAUUAACACGACCCUCGUCGGAGAGUACAGAAACACGUUGGGGCACUUGUACAUAGUGGAGCUCACUGUGCUGUACGUAAUUGGCCUAUGCGCCGUCGUGGCGUUUGCGCUCUUCCAAAAGAGCCGGAUCCAGAAGUUUACCGCCAGCAGCUCGACCAUGCGCAGGUACGCGCUUAUGGUUCGCGGCUAUCCAGAGGAUGCGACCGACGAAGUUGCAGUAAAGAACAAUCUGGAGAAGGAUUUGUCUAUAAAGCUUGGGAGACCCGUGUCGUUGGCGUACGUUUCCAUCUGCUACGAUGUCAAUUCCAACCCCGGCUUCGCCGGCAAGCUGAACAGGUUGUUGGACCGGCUCAUCGCAAUCGAGGACGUGAGGCGCAACAAUUAUAGCCACGAGUAUGCAGACACCGCAGAGGAUGCGAAGCAGGUGGCGCGAGAGGCGGGAGUCCAGUUCGAUCUGCCUGCAGCCCAGCUCACAAGAACCGCGUGGUUGAGCGCCGCGUCUACCAUCUUCAGGAGGGAGGUGGAGGAGCUCCUGGGCGAGGGCGGCUCGAAGAUGCGAAACGCCGGGCAGGCAUUCGCCGUCUUUGACCGCGCCGAGGACGCGAGGAAGGUCGUGGUCGACUGCGACGGCGACGACUUCAUUUCGACGAGCGAUAGCUUCCUUGCGCCGUCCCUCCGCGGCACGCCUCUGGACGACGUCGACGUCAUCUCGACGUGGACGGCGGCAGCUCCCCCAGCAAAGCCCCAGGUGCCCGCGCCGGUCGCACCUCUUGGCCAAGGGAGCUUGGGCCAGCAGCUCCUGGCCUCGGACACGGCCCUCAAGAAUAAUCUCCUGAUUACGCCCCUGAUCAACGAGCCAGUGAGCGUGGGCUGGGAGCACUUCGGCAAAUCGCGCGCCCAGCGUGUGAAAGAGGUGUCCCGAGCAGCGCUGAAUUUCUUAUUAUUCUACGUCCUGGUUUGGUACUUGGUGCUGCACCCAGCUUUGGUAUACGUGAGGGACUACAGCACAAAGGUCCACGACAACCCCGGCGGCAUCGUCUCGAAAUUUUUCGGGAUUGUGGUUGGCACGUCGAACUGGCUGAUUUGCAUGUGCAUCGCCACUAGAGGCACAGGCGCUGGUUUUCUGUGGAAGGACCGCGAGGAGGUUUUCGGGUUGGCGAAUUGCUGUUUCAUUUUCAUGUGCGUCGCUAACACACUGAUGAGUCUUUGGUACACCGUCGUGAGCGUGUACAUGGCCGAGGUGCACGCAACGACCGUUGACUGGGAAACACGUGUCGCGAGCGACAUCGCCUCUAUGCUCUUCCCUGGCAGUUUCAUCCCCUGCCUGCUGUGGCCUCUACAGGGUUUCCUUUGGCCUUUCCUGGAGGCGUUCCUGGACCUGCGCUUCCGGAACGCCGACGACCUCACCGUGCGCGUGGCAGAACGCCGGUUGGAGCCGCUUCCAGUGGGGUUGGCAUGGGAUUAUCAGGGCAGCCUGACGUGUCCCGUGCUCGGGUUCCUGACCAUCUUUUUUGCGUCCAACGGGCUCAGGUGGUCCCUGUUGUUCCUGGCGCUCUGGACGCUCUUUUUCUAUUGCGUGCAGCACUUCAACCACCUGCGCAUGGCCAAGACGGCGUACACCACGUCGAACCGCCUGGAUACCGCGGUGCUCUGGAGCUGGGGCCUUGUCCUCGGGGAGAUCCUGGCUGGGGCCGCCUUCUGGGGCUCCCAGGUGCGGGGCUGGCCCCGGAGCGCAGUCCCCGCUGCCCUCGUGGCCGGGACGGCGCUCCUCUGGUUGAUCCUCGGCUGGGGCGUGAGGCCGACCAUAUGGACCGGGAAUAUGAUCUUCGGCAGCGAGGACAGGGACAGCCCGACGCUCCAGGACACUCGGGAGCGCACGCUGUUCGACUGGGCGAAUUGCAACCCCGGCCUCGUUCUGAAGAGCCAGAUCGUGGAUCUCCGCGACGCUGGCAUUCCCAGGCUCCUGCCCUUCGCCGUCGGCAAGUCUCACGCGUGGAAGGCACAAGAUAGAUCGCGAGAAGCUGGCGGCACACCUUUUCCCGAGUGUUCGAGGUUGUGGUAUGAACCAGGUGAGUUGUAUAGACGGUUGGGCAUUAUUGCGUGAGCUCUAGGCCGGGAGGCACAUUGCGUAUUCCCACGCGUUGCCGUCUUCCCGCGCGACCGUUGUAGUGAAUAUUCGUCGUUCAGUGGCUUCGGUAUGCAGCCAACGACUUGAGCGAUCGCGUGAGCUUCCACGCUGCGGUGCUAGCUUGAAAUGCGGGCGUGCUGCAACGAGGGGUGGGGCGCUCUGAGGCAAUACCCCACUGGACAGAAAGUAAAACAUGGCCACGAGCUAAUUAGAGCAACUACAUGUUGCCAAGAUAGCGAGUCCCAAUUCCAACGAGUACUUGUGCGAGCUCGUUGGCUGCCCGUGUUCGGGCUCGUUCGGACCCGUACAGGUCGAUCCGCACGCCAAGAGUGCUCUUCCCAACGGCCAGCGCUCCCCUUUCUGCAGCCAGCGCAUCCUCGUUUUUCCUGUGCGCCCUCGUUCUCACACUCCUCCUCUGCAGACUUCGAUCUCGAUCUGCGCCUCUCCUGGUCCUCUCUCCAUCCCCUCCCCAAGCCUGGGCGGCGCGCCCGCCAGGGGGGGAAGGAUCGGUGCUCGCAUUCUGCCCCGUGCUGCGGAGUUGGCUGUGGGCGGUCGGCCUCCAGAUUGCGCUCGUGAGCGCCAGGCCUCCUCACUGGCCCUGUCUUGCGGGGCCGGUCGGUGGUGCUCGGCCUCCCGUGGCUUCCUUCGGCUCGGCCUCGCACGUCCACAUGACGCGUUCCAGAAA